CUUCACUUCCUGCAGUGGCAGUUCUCCGCUGCUGGUUGGUUUGUAAACAUGGCGACUGCUGGUACAUCUGGAGAUGACCUGAGGAAAGAGCUGACAUGUGCUAUUUGUUUGGACUUCUUCAAGGACCCCGUCAUUCUGAAAUGCGGCCAUAAUUUCUGCCGCUUUUGCAUCUGUAUGCACUGGGAUGAAAAUGGCGGAGACUAUGGGUAUCAGUGUCCUCAGUGCCGAACGGUGUUCAACAAGAGGACUUUCACUAAAAACUAUCUGGUGCAGAACUUGGUGGCCAAACUGGAUGAUCUGGAGUGCCUGGGUGCUUGUCCUGCCCCCUCCAAGCCUGUGAAAUUUGGUGAAAAGUGUGAGCAUCAUGGUGAAGAGCUGAAACUCUACUGCCAGACCGAUAAGAGGCCUAUCUGUGUUGUCUGCAGGGAAUCUAGAUCACACAGACACCAUGACGUGGCACCAGUGCCAGAAGUUGUGAAUGACAUGAAGAUGGAAUUGAAACUGAGGCUAAUGGAGCUCAACUGGCAAAAGUCUCAAUGUGUAAAAGUCGUUACGGCUGAUGAGCUCACAAAAAGUGAACUGAGGUUGAAAAAGCAGAGACUCAAGGAAAAGAUCGAAGCAGACGUCGGUGCCUUGGUCCAGUUUUUGCUGGACGAGAGGGACUCGCUGCUUGAGAGCCUGGACGCUGAGGAAGUGGCCACCAUGGCUGUUAUAGAUGACAACUUGAAGACUGUGGAAACAGAAGCAGCAGCCGUGGACAAAGCUAUAGCAGCUAUCCACAGCCAGAUCAAUGGAAAAACUAACUUUGAGAGCCUUGCUGAGACAUUUAAUGAAGUUGUACAGUGCAAGCCUUUCACCUCUUUGGAGCCGGUUAACUGUCCGACAGAAUUUACAGACUUCUCAGGGCCCUUUCAGCUCAUCAUGUGGAAAAAGAUGAUGCACGUGCUGCACACCAUGCCCCAGAACCUCACCUUGGACCCAGACACCGCUCACCCGAACCUGCUUAUCUCAGACUUUGACACUAAAGUGGAGGAGGGCCGUGUCCGCAGCCAGGAGCCAGACCUGCCUGCCCGCUUCAAUCGGUUCUGUGGCGUCCUCUCCACAGCCCAGUAUGCCAGUGGCCAGCACUACUGGGAGGUGGAUGUGAGGGACAAAGGUGUGUGGUACCUGGGAGUGACCACAGAGUGCAGCAACAGGAAGGGCUUCGUCAGCCUAACACCCUCUGCAGGAUACUGGAGCCUGUGUCUGCAGGACCGGCUGUACGCCAAUGGGGAGGACGGACGCAUUCCAGUUGCCGACUACUGGAAUUCUCCUCGCGUGGGUGUGUACCUGGACUAUGACAACGGGCGUCUUAGCUUCUAUGAUGCUGUAACAAUGAAGAGGCUGUACAUGUUUGACACCUGCUUUGAGGAGCCCGUCUACCCUUUCUUCAGCCCAGGGAAAAAUGACCCAGGCAGCAGACUGCAAAUAUGCCACUAUUACUGAGAGUUUAAACGAGUUUAAGGCUUUAUCUCAUAGAUCAGGCUGGAGUGAUAGGCUGAUGUUGACCCUUGAAGUCAUGUACUGUAUGCUUUUGAGUUGUCUUACUGGUUUUUAGAAAGUACAUUUUACAUUGAAUAAAAGGUACCAGGUGUACACAAAUUUGGUAGUUUUCAACUUGGACACACACUGUAGGCUCAUACCUCCUCCUUUGGCUGGGGGUUUGGAGAGGUGCUUUGCUAUUCAUCACUGUGUCUGCUGGGUUGCAGAUGCCUCGGAUGCUCUUGUUGUUCAGAGCAUAUUCAGAGCUGUUAUCCCGUUAGCAACAACUAUGCCAUACUACUACUACUAUAAAAGCUCACUCUUAGAAGGGUCAGUGGUGAAGCAUUGUCUGGUAUAGUUUGAAUGUCUGUCGUUAUCAUGGUAAACAUUCCCUCAUUAAUAUGAGACUGAACACUCAAUUUUGUCCAUAUUGUACUGAUUUUAGCUCACAAUUAGACUUUCAGGAAUGACUGGAAGUGGCAACAUCCAUCAGUACAAAUCAUUUUAUCACAAACCUUUUAAACACUUAAUUUUAUAUAAGAUGAUAAAAACUUAAAGUCACACGCUUGCCAUUUUUGGACUUUUCCUCUGUAUAUUGCUGAGUUACGUCUUUCUUGCAGCUUAUUUUUGAUGCUGCAAUUGUUUUGUGGUUUUUUUUGGGGGGGGGUUGUUUUUUUUUUUGUUUUUUUUUUUUUGUUUUUUUUUUCCCCUGGUGUUGAAAGCAAAUCAGUUUCAGUCAGUGUUAGAAUGCUGUCAUAGUUUUGCCUUCUAACUGCAGCUCAGCAAGCAUUAGCUGUUGCAUACACUUGCAUGCACACAUGUUUAGUUUUUGUUUUUUUUGUUUGGUUUUUUUUUUCACAGCGACAAAAUUGGGGAAACUCAUGGACUGGAAAGACUGAGCUAAAAGCUAAAGAGGAGGAAAAAACCUACACAAUACUUUUUUUUUUUUUUUUUUUUUUUUUUAAGUGGUGUGUGUGGGUUUUUGUUUUUUUGGUUGUUUUUCUUUCUUUCUUUUUUUUUUUUUUUCCCCUCCCUUUUUAAAUGGUCUCAUUUAAAACACACCAUGUGAUCACUGACAGUAUUUGAGAAUGGCAGCCCUAUUCUAUUUUUGGAGAUCUGCCAUCACAUGUUGGGACUGAAACUCUACUCUUUAACUUUGAGUAUUUGCUGGUAAAUAUUGUCUCAGAUGGUGUAUCUUAUUCAAUACAUACUUUUUAUUGUUGAAAUGUAUUGUUGAAUUUUUCUUUGGGGGAGGCUUCUAUUAAUGUGCUUGGUGUUUCCCGCAUUAGGAUUAAAAGAGGCAAAGUGUAUUGUGACUUGUAAGUCUGUCAUUCAUUUAAAACACUUUGUAUUUAGACAAUGCAGGAAAAUAAGAAUAGUAUUGCAACUUCUUCCGCAGUUUCCUUUAAACUGAACUUUAUCUUUGCUAUAAGGUUACUAAAGAUCAAAAACAAGACAAGUCUCUGCAAUCUAGUAUUUCCUGCUGCACUUGGGAUCGUUGUCUUGUUACAUGCCUCAGUUUUUGCCACGCUUUAGCUGUCAGACAGAUGGCCUUACGUUGAACUCUACAGUACUUUGGGAUAUUUGGGUUAUACUUUAGUGCCAGGUGUCCAAAUGUGGUGGGCUUUGUUUUUUGAAAACUUGUCUUGAAUGUUUUCCCGUUGCAUAUCUCUUUCAUUACAGAAUGAUACACACUUGAACUUGUUUGGAAAUGACCUAACAGACUCUCCAGACUCUUAAAACUUUUGUAUGUCUUCAAUUAGAUGCUACCUGACCCCUUAAUUCCUAUGAAAACAUUAAGUGUGUACUUAUGUUUUUCCCCAUGCUGUUCCUGCGGUUGGGUGUAAUUUUUGCUAAAUGCCAUGGUGUAAGGCCACAUUUUGUAGUUUAUCUGAGGUUUUACUUUUAAGACUUGACCUUUGAAUUUAAAAAGUGUAUUUUUGUUUACCAUGACUGUAGUUUUGAUCAGCUUUCAUUUACGCUGAGAGUUAUUACAUCCAGCUGUUAAAAAUGCUAAUAGCUUUGGUUCAUUCUACUAAAAAAACAGGCUGCUUGCCAUUUUCCCCAAUAUUUUCAUCCUUCCGUUCCCUAAUCUUGAAAUUGGGUGUGGUAUUGCUAAUUUCAUACUGCAAGAACAUUUAAGGAAGAGGUGAGAAGGCUGUUCUUAUUGUGUCCUCCUUUCUUUGAUAAUGACUCUUAUUUGUUCUUGACUCAAAAUAAUUUGGGUUUAAUGAUAGGCCAUACAAAUGACCCUUGUGUUUAGGUUGACAAUCUCAUGCAUACUUGCAGUAAUACU